AUGGGCAGCAGGGGUGCAUGCCGGGCGCUGGCCUGGGCUCUCACGGCCCUGCUCGCGGCACGGCUGACAGAGACCCAGGGUGGUGCAGAGCUGAGCUGGGGCAGUGCAGGGCCCACUGCGGACAGCCUCAGGGUGGACAGCGCCCACCCGACGUCCUCGCCCACCAGGCACGUGAGCUUUGUGCCCCCCAUCACUGUCCUCCCAAGCAGCUAUGCCCUGCACGCAGCACACAAUGGGCGGGUCUGCAGCACCUGGGGCGACUUCCACUAUAAGACCUUCGAUGGCGAUGUCUUCCGCUUCCCUGGCCUCUGCAACUAUGUGUUCUCUGCACACUGUGGGGCCGCCUACGAGGACUUUAACAUCCAGGUGCGCCGUGGCCUGGUGGGCUCCAGGCCCACCAUCACCCACAUCAUGCUCAAGGCCCAGGGGCUUGUGCUGGAGAUAGCCAACGGCUCUGUCCUUGUCGACGGGCAGCGGGAGGAGCUGCCUUACAGCCGCGCCGGCCUCCUGGUACAGAGGGGCAGUGACUACGUUUUCAUCAGCCUCCGGCUGGGGCUGACCUUGCUGUGGAACAGAGAGGACGGAGCCCUGCUGGAGCUGGACCCCAAGUAUGCCAACCAGACCUGUGGCCUGUGUGGGGACUUCAAUGGCCUCCCAGCCUUCAAUGAGUUCUAUGCCCACAACACCAGGUUGACCCCUCUCCAGUUUGGAAACCUGCACAAGCUGGAUGGGCCCACAGAGCAGUGCCCAGACCCCCUGCCCUCACCAGCAAACAAUUGCACAGACAAGGAAGGUGUCUGCCACCGCAUCCUUUCUGGACUGGCCUUUGUGGAAUGCCAUGAGCUGGUGGACCCUUCUGUGUAUGUGGACGCCUGUGCCCAGGACCUGUGCCGCUGCCCCUCCUGCCCGUGUGCCACUUUUGCCGAGUACUCCCGCCAGUGUGCCCAUGCAGGGGGCCAGCCACAGAACUGGAGGGGUCCUGGCCUCUGCCCCCGGACUUGCCCUAUCAACAUGGAGCACCAGGAGUGUGGCUCGCCCUGCAUGGAUACCUGCUCCAACCCCCAGCGCUCCCAGCUCUGCGAGGACCACUGUGUAGACGGCUGCUUCUGCCCCCCAGGCACUGUGCUGGAUGACAUCACCAACUCAGGCUGCCUGCCUCUGGGGCAGUGCCCCUGCACCCACGGCGGUCGCACCUAUGCCCCGGGGGCCUCUUUCACCACCAGCUGCAGCUCCUGCACCUGCUCCGGGGGGCUGUGGCAGUGCCAGGACCGGCCAUGCCCUGGCAUCUGCUCCGUGCAGGGUGGCGCACACAUCUCCACCUUCGACGAGAAGCUCUAUGAUCUUCAUGGAGACUGCAGCUACGUGCUGACCAAGAAAUGUGCGGAUAACACUUUCACUGUGCUGGCCGAGCUGCGGAGAUGUGGCCUGACUGACAACGAGAACUGCCUCAGGGCUGUGAUGCUCAGCCUGGACAGUGGGGCCACGGUCGUCCGGAUCCAGGCCGAUGGUGGCGUGUUUGUAAACUCCAUCUACACCCGACUGCCAGUGUCAGCAGCCAACAUGACCAUCUUCAGACCCUCCACCUUCUUCGUGGUGGCCGCACAGCAGGGCCUUGGCCUGCAGCUGCAGGUGCAGCUGGUGCCCCUCAUGCAGGUGUCACUUAGGCUGGACCCCUCGCACCGCGGCCAGAUGUGCGGCCUAUGCGGGAACUUCAACCAAAACCAGGCCGAUGACUUUAUGGCCCCCAGCGGGGUGGUGGAGGGCACGGCCGCGGCCUUUGCCAACACCUGGAAGACCCAGGCCACCUGCCCCAAUGUCAAGAACAGCUUCGAGGACCCCUGCUCGCUGAGCGUGGAGAACGAGAACUAUGCCAGACACUGGUGCUCACAGCUGACUGACUCUGCUGGAGCCUUCUCCCGCUGCCACUCCAUUGUCGACCCUGCGCCCUUUCACUUGCACUGCAUGUUUGACACCUGCAACUGUGAGAGGAGCGAGGACUGCCUGUGCGCGGCCCUGUCCUCCUAUGUGCACGCCUGCGCUGCCCGGGGCCUGCUACUCCACGGCUGGAGGGACGGCGUCUGCACCAAGUACAUGAGCAGCUGCCCCAAGUCCCAGCACUAUACCUAUGUGGUAGACACCUGCACGCCCACCUGCCGUGCCCUGAGUGAGGCCGACGUCACCUGCGGUGUCCCCUUUGUGCCAGUGGACGGCUGCACCUGCCCUAAGGGCACCUUCCUGGAUGAAGUGGGAACGUGUGUGCCUGCCCAGGAGUGCCCCUGCUACCUGCAUGGCACAGUGGUGCCCCCCGGAGAGGUGGUGCAUGACAAUGGUGCCGUGUGCUCAUGCACGAGUGGGAAGCUGAUCUGCCUGGGGGCCACAUUGCAGAGAAGCACAGGCUGUGUGGCCCCUAUGGUGUAUCUGGACUGCAGCAACACCUCAGCAGGCACCCCAGGGGCUGAGUGCCUCCGCAGCUGCCAUGGGCUGGAUGUGGACUGUUUCAGCACUCACUGUGUGUCUGGCUGCAUCUGCCCCCCGGGGCUGGUGUCAGACGGGGCAGGAGGCUGCGUUGCUGAGCAGGACUGCCCCUGUGUGCACAAUGAGGUCUCCUACAAGCCUGGAGACACCAUCAGAGUCAACUGCAACACCUGCACCUGCAGAGACCGCAGGUGGGAGUGCAGCCACCGGCCCUGCCUGGGCACCUGUGUGGCCUAUGGGGGCGGCCACUUUAUCACCUUCGACGGUGCACGCUACAGCUUCGAAGGAAGCUGUGAGUAUGCCCUGGCCCAGGACUACUGUGGGGGCAACACCACCCUGGGGACCUUCCGCGUUGUCACUGAGAACAUUCCCUGUGGGACCACUGGUGUCACCUGCUCCAAGGCCAUCAAAGUCUUUGUGGAGAGCUAUGAGCUGAUCCUCCAUGAGGGGACCGUCAAGGUGGUAGAAAGAGGGCCAGGUAAGGACCUGCCUUACAAGAUCCGCUAUAUGGGCAACUUCUUGGUCAUCGAGACCCGUGGUGGGAUGGCUGUGUCCUGGGACCGGAGGACCAGUGUGUUCAUCCGGUUGCACCAAGAAUAUAAGGGCAGGGUCUGUGGCCUGUGCGGGAACUUCGACGACAGCGCCAUCAAUGACUUCACCACACGGAGCCAGUCCGUGGUGGGAAAUGCCCUAGAAUUUGGGAAUAGCUGGAAGCUCUCCCCAUCCUGCCCGGACGCCCUGGCACCCAAGGACCCCUGCACUGCCAACCCCUACCGCAAAUCCUGGGCCCAGAAGCAGUGCAGCAUCAUCAACAGCGCCACCUUCGCCGCCUGCCGCACUCAGGUUGACUCCACCAAGUACUACGAGGCCUGCGUGAGCGACGCGUGCGCCUGCGACUCAGGAGGCGACUGCGAGUGCUUCUGCACCGCCGUGGCCGCCUACGCCCAGGCCUGCCGUGACUCUGGCGUCUGCGUGUCCUGGCGGAGCCCCGAUGUCUGCCCCCUGUUCUGCGACUACUAUAACCCACACGGGGGGUGUGAGUGGCACUACCAGCCCUGUGGGGCGCCCUGCCUGAGAACCUGCCGGAACCCAAGUGGGCACUGCCUGGUGGACCUGCCCAGCCUGGAAGGCUGCUACCCGAAGUGCCCGCCCAGCAAACCCUUCUUCUGUGAGGACCAGAUGAGGUGCGUGGCCCAGUGUGGCUGCUACGGCAAGGAUGGGAAGUACUAUGACGUGGGCAUGAGAGUCCCCACGGCGGAGAACUGCUUGAGCUGCUCCUGCACGACUGGCGGCCUCCUGUGCACUCACAGCCUGGCAGCCUGCACGUGCGUCUACGAGGACAGGACCUACUCCUAUGGGGACAUCAUCUACAACACUACGGAUGGUCUCGGCGCCUGCUUAAUCGCCAUCUGUGGAGAAAAUGGAACGAUUCUCCGAAGGGCUGUGGAAUGCCCUGGAACCCCUUCCACGACGCCUUUCACCUUCACCUCCACCUCGGCCCCGCUCCCAACGUCGGGGCCCCUCUCACCCCCAGGCCUGGUGCCCAGCGUCUCCACCGGGUGUGUCCGUGCAGUCUGCCACUGGUCUAAUUGGUAUGACGGGGGCCGUCCAGAGGCUGGCAAUGAAGGGGGGGACUUCGAAACAUUUGAGAACCUGAGACAGAGGGGCUACCAGAUGUGUGGGGCACCAACUGACAUCGAGUGCCGAGCAGCUGAUUUCCCCAGCAAGUCCUUGCAUGAGCUGGGCCAGAAGGUGGCCUGUGACCGGAUGGAGGGGCUAACCUGCAUCAACCGAGAGCAGAACCCCCCACUCUGCCUCAACUAUGAACUGCGGGUUCUGUGCUGCGACUACUUGCCCUGCAGCCCCUCCCCAGCCCCAAACACCAGCCCCCAACCUUCUCAUGGCCCCUCAACGGAGCUCCCUGGACCCUCCACCCAGACCCCAGUAACCAGAGAGACCACCCCACAGGCAACACCCAGCUCCUCAUCAACGGCGUCCCUGCCCUCACAGACCAGGUCCAGCUCACCUACUGUGACAGUCACCAACUUGGUCAGCAGCCCCCUAAACCUGCGCACCACGACUUGUCAGCCCCGAUGUCAGUGGACAGAGUGGUUUGAUGAGGAUUAUCCCAAGUCAGAAAGCGCUGGGGGGGACAUUGAGUCCUAUGAUAAAAUCAGGGGUGCAGGACGGGACAUCUGCAAGCAGCCACAGGACAUACAGUGCCAAGCCGAGAACUUCCCCAAUUGGACCCUGGAGCAGGUGGGCCAGCGGGUACACUGCAGCAUCCACUUUGGGCUGGUGUGCCGUAAUGCAGAGCAGGACGGCCUGUUCAAGAUGUGCUACAACUACAGAAUUCGGCUACUGUGCUGUGACACUGCUCACUGCAGGGGACACCCCUCCACCCUGCCACCGGCCACAAUGCCGGAGGCAGCCAGCACAGUCACCUCCACCCUGCCACCAGCCACGACGCCAGGGGCAGCCAGCACAGUCACCUCCACCCUGCCACCAGCCACGACGCCAGGGGCAGCCAGCACAGUCACCUCCACCCUGCCACCAGCCACAAUGCCGGAGGCAGCCAGCACAGUCACCUCCACCCUGCCACCAGCCACGACGCCGGGGGCAGCCACUCCUCCAGGCUCCACACACUCCACCUGGCCAGGGCGAACCACAUCUACCCUUCCAGCUCACUCAACCCCACCAGGGACCCCAGGGGCCACUGGCACAUGGGGCCCCUCACAGUCACUCAUGCCAGUCACAACAAUGCAAACCACAACAGCUCACUCAACAGGCACAGUUAACACCAUCUCUGAAGAGCCUCAGACCUCAGGCCCGGCAGUGACAACACGCACAAGCCAGCCUUAUACAUCCUAUCCCGAGACUAGAUCCCCAAGGGCAGAGACACCGCUCCACACCUCAACACAGGCCACCACCAGCCAAGGAAGGACUGGCUGUCAACCCAAGUGUGAGUGGACAGAAUGGUUUGACGUGGACUUCCCAAUCUCAGGGGUCAAAGGUGGAGACAUGGAGACCUUUGAAAACAUCAGGGCUGCAGGGGCCAAGAUGUGCCCAGCACCAAAGGAAGUGGAGUGCCGCGCAGAGAACUACCCGGAAGUGAGCAUUGACCAGAUCGGGCAGGUGGUGACCUGCAGCUUGGAGACAGGGCUUGUCUGCAGGAACGAGGACCAGGUGGGCAAGUUCAACAUGUGCUUCAACUACAACGUGCGUGUGCUGUGCUGCAAUGACACCAGCCACUGCCCCAGCACAGUGCCCACACCUGCGUUCACCUCCACUGCAUCGGCCACCCUGACGGAGAGCCCAAUGCCUACAUACACCUUCACAGCAUCCUCCACCUUCAUACAGAGCCCCUUAGUGACCACUUCUAUGGCCGCCAUCUCUCCAGAAACCAGCUCCCUAUCCACUAUUUCCCUGAAAACUACCUCUUCAGCCCGUACCUCCCUGGGAAUGAAGUCCCCGGCUACCACCUCCACAGAAACCUCCUUGGCCCACUCCCUGGGAAUGAAGUCCCCGGCUACCACCUCCACAGAAACCUCCUUGGCCCACUCCCUGGGAAGAACCUCCUUGGCCACCACAUUCACAGCCACCACUUCACCAUUCACCAGGUCAUCAGCGGUAAAAGGACCUUCCACCACACCCUCCUCCCCUGGGAUCACCAAAACAGUCAGUCUCUCCACCAUACAAACAGGCAUCACCUCCUCCAGGACGACCGAGGGGCCCUCUGUCUCCAGUCCCUCUGCUCCACCAGCCUCUACCACCACCCUCUUCUACAGCACAAGGCAGCCCAGCUCUGGGACACUGACCACAUCUACCAGGCCACCGUCAACCAGCACAGGACACCUGGUGACCUCCAGCUCCGGGCCCACCUUCACGACUCCGCCCUUCAACCACCCAUCUCCCAGCACAGGCUGUGUGCCUCAGUGUGCCUGGACAGAAUGGUUCAAUGAGGGCUACCCCACCCCUGGCCCCGAGGGUGGGGACUUUGAGACCUAUGCAGUCAUCCGCUCGGCUGGCCACACCUUCUGUGAGCAUCCUGAGGAUAUCCAGUGCCGGUCCGAGAAGGAGCCGGACAAGCCCUUGGAGGAGGUGGGGCAGGUGGUUCAGUGCAAUGUGCGCUUCGGGCUGGUGUGCAGGAACCAUGACCAGGUGGGACAGAUGUGCCUCAACUACCUCAUUCGCAUGCUCUGUUGUGAUUACAGCCACUGUCUCCAAACCCAAACCACCACAGCAGCUUCUCUAGGGACGAGCCUGACCGGGAGCCCCACACUGGCCCACAGCAUCACGGCCGUGACUGUGUCCACCCGUGGCCCUGCAUCCUCCAGUACAGGCCUCAUGGACAUGUCCACCAGCUGCAGGCCCACCUGCCACUGGACUGACUGGCUGGACACUGACCGGCCCCAGCCUGGCCGCUUUGGGGGCGACAUCGAGACCUAUUACCAAAUUAUGGACACAGGUAGGCAGCUAUGCCUGGAGCCCAAGGCCAUUGAGUGCGAGGCUGUGCUCUUCCCAGGUGUGCCCGUGGGGCAGCUGGGCCAGGUGGUGCAGUGUGAUGUGCGCUAUGGGCUCAUAUGCCGGAACCACAGGCAGAAGUUAGGACAGACCUGCCUUAACUACCGCAUCCGCGUACACUGCUGCGACUACAGCCACUGUGCCAGUACCACCAGCUCCGUGCCCACUUCCACAUUUGUGAACACAGUCCACAGCACACUCUCCACAACCAGGUCAUCCACGGGGCUUGGAUCCUCGCCCAUCACCACCAACAGCCCUGGAACCACUGAAAGAGUGAAAGUCAGUACCACCCAGACAAGCAUGACUACUAUGGCCACCACCCCCUUGACCACCAGCUCACCAUCCACCACACCAUCAGGGGUAAUAGGACCCUCCACCACACCCACCAUCACACCUGGGGUCACUAAAACAGUCUACUUCUCUACCAUGCAGACAGGUGUCACCUCCUCCAGGACAACCGAGGGACUCUCAGUCUCCACUCCCUCUGCCCCACUGGCCUCCUCCACCACCCUCUUCCACACCACAAGGCAACCCACCUCUGGGACACUGACCACAUCCAAGAGGCCACUUACAACUAGCAGCCCCCACAUAACCCCUCUGGUAACCUCCAGCUAUGGGUCUACUUUGAAGACCACCCUGACCACAUCCAUCAGGCCACUCUUAACCAGCAACCCUCAUACAGCCCCCCUAGUGACCUCCAGUUCUGGUCUCACCCUCACAACCACCCUCUCCUCCAGCCACCCAUCUCCCAGCACAGGCUGUGUACCUCAGUGUGCCUGGACAGACUGGUUCGAUGAGGACUACCCUAUCCCUGGCCCCGAGGGCGGGGACUUUGAGACCUAUGCAGUCAUUCGCUCAGCUGGCCACACCUUCUGUGAGCACCCUCAAGACAUCCAGUGCCGGUCUGAGAAGCAGCCAGACCAGCCCUUGGAGGAGGUGGGGCAGGUGGUCUACUGCGACGUGCGCUUUGGACUGGUGUGCAGGAACCGCGACCAGGUGGGACAGUUCAAGAUGUGCCUCAACUACCUCAUCCGUGUGCGCUGCUGCAACUAUAGCCACUGUGUCAGCACCACUAGUUCUGUGUCCACAUCCACACCUGUACCCACCGUCCACAAGAAGCAGCCAGACCAGCCCUUGGAGGAGGUGGGGCAGGUGGUCCACUGCGACGUGCGCUUUGGGCUGGUGUGCAGGAACCGGGACCAGCACGGGGCCCUAAACUACUGUGACAACUUCCAUGUGCGCCUGUUGUGCUGUGAUGACUACAGCCACUGUGCCACCACAUCUGCAGUCCCCAAUUCCACAGCACUCCCUUCCUCUGCCCCAGGGACCACGCAUACCCCUGUUACUCCCCCAAGUAGCCUGCCAACCUUCAGCGUGUCCACUGGGUCCACCUCAGUCCUCACCACCCUCAAACCCACUGGCUCCCCCAGCCCACCCUUCUCCCAGGUGCCAUGCUUCUGCCACGCCUUUGGACAGCUGUUUUCACCUGGCCCUGACCAGCUAGCCACUGGGUGUGACUACAUCAUUCUGUGUGUCUUCUCCACAGGGGACGUCAUCUACAACAAGACUGACAGAGCCGGCUGCCAAUUCUACGCAGUCUGCAGCCAGCACUGUGACAUCGACCGUUUCCAGGGGCACUGCCCCACCACCCUUCCACCAGCCUCCUCCUCUGAUCUGCCUCCCACAUCCCCACCCCCUGGCUGCAGUAAUGCCAAUCCUCCCCGACAGGUGAACGAGUCCUGGACCCUGGAGAACUGCACUGUGGCCAGAUGCGAGGGUGACAACCGUGUCGUCUUGCUGAAGCCAAAGCCAGUAGCCAAUAUCACCUGUGUGAACGGGCAGCAGCCCCUCAGAGUGUGGAACCAGAGCCAGCCCUGUGACUCCCACUACGAGUGUGAAUGCUCCUGUAGCGGGUGGGGAGACUUCCACUACUCCACCUUUGAUGGCAGCACCUACUCCUUCCUGGACAACUGCACCUACGUGCUCGUGAGAGAGAUCCACCCACACCACGGGAACCUGAGCGUUCUGUUGGACGGCCACUACUGCGGGGCCUCCACCACCACCCCCAGCUGCCCUCGCGCCCUCAUUGUCCACUAUGAGUCCAUGGAGAUCAUCCUCACCACCACCACCAUCCGUGGGAAGGAGGAGAGCCUGGUCCUGUUUGACCAUGUGCGGGUGAGCAGGGGCUUCACCAAGCGUGGCGUGAGUGUGAUCCUGACUGGGAUCCAGACCAUGGGUGUCGACAUUCCCGCCAUCGGCGUGAGCAUCUCCUUCGAUGGGCACACAUUCCAGGUCCGGCUGUCCUUUGGCCGCUUUAGCCAUAACACUGAGGGCCAGUGUGGCACCUGCACCAACAACAAGGAGGAUGAUUGCCGCCAACCGGACGGCUCCCUGGCCCCCACAUGCCAGGACAUGGCCAGGUCCUGGCUGGUCCCUGACAGCAACCACGAGGGCUGCUGGGGACCAACAGGCCCACCACCGACUGCCAAUCCCACGUCCCCAGCUACCAGUGUGCCCACUACUGCCUCGUGCCUUCCAGAUCCCCUAUGCGAGCUCCUGCUGAGCCACGUCUUUGCCGAGUGCCAUCACCUCGUCCCACCCGGCCCGUUCUUCAGCGCCUGUGUCAGUGACAGCUGUCGCCCCAGGGCACCCUGCCAGAGCCUGGAGGCCUAUGCAGCACUCUGCCGCUCCAGGGGCGGGUGUAGUGACUGGCGCAAUGCUACCGGAGGACUGUGCGACAUCACCUGUCCACCCACCAAGGUGUAUAAGCCCUGCGGCCCCGUGCAGCCUGUGUCCUGUGAUCCAAGGAAGCAGAACCCAUUGAGCGGGGGGCUGGCUGAAGGCUGCUUCUGCCCCGAGGGCCAGAUCCUCUUCAACACACUCACAGACAUCUGCGUGCCCACAUGCCCCUGUGUGGGACCUGAUGGGCUUCCCAAAUUUCCUGGAGAGCGGUGGGUCAGCGACUGCCAGGCCUGCGUGUGUGACGAGGGCUCGGUGUCGGUGCGGUGCAAGCCCCUGAAGUGUGAGCCUCAGGUCUGGCCCCCGAAGUGUGGCCAGCCUGGCUUUGUGGCCCUGACUAGGCCCCGGGUUGACAACCCCUGCUGCCCUGAGACGCUGUGCGUCUGCAACACCACCACCUGCCCCCAGAGCCUGCCCAAGUGUGGGCAAAGCCAGGUGCUGACCCGUACCCAGGAGGAAGACCAGUGCUGCCCUGUCUUCCACUGCCAACUGAAGCUGUGCACAUACAAUGGCACUGUCUAUGGGGUCGGCGCUACCUUCCCAGGGGUCAUUCCUUGCCACACCUGCAGCUGCCUCUCCUCCGACACCCAGGACCCAACUGUGCGGUGUGAGGAAGAUGCCUGCAACACCACCUGCCCCCAGGGCUUCACAUACACAAGAGUGGCCGGGCAGUGCUGUGGGCAGUGCAUGCAGAAUGCCUGUGUCACGCCCGACGGCUGGCCUGUCCAGCCCAAUGGAACCUGGGUCAAUAGCCGGGUGGACAAUUGCACUGAGUACCACUGUGAGGUCAAGAAUGGGCAGUACAUGCUGAGCCCUCGGCCAUCACCCUGCCCUGAUGUAUUCAGCUGUAAGGGGAUCCUCAGGAGAACCGGCUGCUGCUACUCCUGUGAGGAAGUAGACUCAUGUCAAGUCCGCAUCAACACCACGGUCCUGCGGUAUGGGGACUGCGUGAGCAAGGGGGCAGUCAACAUCACCUUCUGCGAGGGCUCCUGUCCUGGAGCGUCCAAGUACUCAGUCGAGGCCCAGGCCCUGCAGCACCAGUGUACCUGCUGCCAGGAGAGGCGGGUCCAUGAGAAGGCGGUGUCUAUGCAGUGUCCUGAUGGCUCAUCCUUCCUGCACUCCUACACCCAUGUGGAUGAGUGUGGCUGUGUGCCAUCCUGUGUUCCCUUGCCCACAGUGUCCACAGAUGCCCCUGUUCACCCAGUCUAGGGGAUCCCAUCUCCUCUCCACCUGCAGCCAGGACACACAUGGGCCUACCAGGAAAAGCUAGGCAGCCUACUCCACAGGGCCCAUGUUGCCCUGGGGCCCUUCUGCCUCUGUGCACCUUCUGCCCACUCUGGGCAUGAAACGAGCUGGGGGAGACCCAUUUGGGAAGGAACAUGGGGGGCUGCCCUCAUACACCCUGAGGCCUGUCUUGGCCACGUGCCCUGCCACAGGCCCUGGAGCCUGUGGAGCACGGAUGCCCAGUUGGCCUCCCCUGGCAACCAGAGAGCAGACAGGCCAAUCCAGGCAAGGCCAGCCACCAUUAGGGAGCCGCAUCCAGCUAAGGAGCUGCCUACCCAGGCCUGCUGAGGGUCUUGGAGGUUGGGGUCACAAUAGCCAGGUCAGAGAGGGUUCAGCCCCCAGGA